AUGCUGGUCAUCAUCGAUUCAUGCUGUGACCAGACUCGCGAAACGCGCAUAAUCUUAACAGAACUUACUAACGAUAAUGUUUCUGCGAGUGGUAAUACAAUUGUUGAAAAUCUAAGUGCGUUGAAUUCCCUAAUCAACACAAAAUACGAGAGUCAAUCGUAUACCGAGUUAGAGCAAAUCAACCUUGUCGUGAGCUUCGAGACAUUCGCAGAUCUAUUUACUGGUCUACUUUCCACCGCCGAGAGCAAAGAUGACAUUCUUGUUUCAGAAGGGCUGAAGGACCCUAUCUGCUCGGGGUUCCAGGGUCUAGGAACAUCAAUCCAGGGCUUUUCCACAAACCUGGAAAACGAUAUUACUAUAUAUCCCAAGGAAAUAAGGAGGAUAAAUGCGCACGCUGCUGGUUUGCUAGAGGAGCAUCUGAAAGUCCACGGUAACUUGGGGGAGGCCAUGGUGGCAAAAAUCGACGAGUGA